GAGAAAAGGUGAAAACAAACUCAAUUGCAACGCUGUCUUCUUCCUCUUCUCUCUCUCAUGCCAUUUUCACACAAAAGAGACACAGCAAAACCGGAAAUAAAAAAGAAGAGAGAGAGAGAAGAAAGAGAGUGACUUUGAUGAGGAGCUUGACGAGUGCGUAAAAAAGGAAAAGCAAAUGAUUGUCAAAUCUGAAGCAGAUCCACAUCGCUUAUCUUGGAAUCUGAGUUUCAUAUGUUGAUUAUUCAUCUCUCUGUUUUCCUGAAGAAUUAGUGACUAGUAAUCCACCAUGAACUGGAAUCAGCAAAUGGAAAUUCAUUACACGAACGCUGCUAUGCCUUAUAAUUCAAUUGGAAGCUUUAUGGAUUUCUUUGGAGGUGUUACAUAUGACCAUGUAAAUUAUAUAUUUGCCGAUCCUCCAUAUGGUCAGGAGAGUUUAUACCCAUCCAUCAGUACCAAUCCCUACAAAUUUGGGUACUCUGAAGCAGGUAGUUUCUCAUAUUACGAAUAUGGUCAUGAAUAUGUGGUUAAUGAUCAUGUAUCUGGAAUCAAGGAGCAUGAUAGACAUUUAGAGAACCCUUCAACCGCCACCGGCGACCAGAAUGUAGCUGCAAAUGUGCAUAGAGAAGCAAUUUCAGGCUCCAAUUCACGCACUAAUUAUGUGGAAUGUCCUAGGGGUCAAAUUAAUACUCGUGACAGUGAGGUUAUUUGGCAAGAUAAUAUCGACCCUGACAACAUGACCUAUGAGGAAUUACUUGAAUUGGGGGAGGCUGUUGGAACUCAAAGCAGAGGUCUUUCCCAAGAUCAAAUCUCCUUGCUUCCAAUCACAAAGUUUAAGUGUGGCUUGUUCUCAAGAAAGAAAUCAAGAAAGGAAAGGUGUGUCAUCUGCCAGAUGGAGUACAAACGAAAUGACCGACAGAUCACUCUUCCCUGCAAACAUCUCUAUCAUGCUGGUUGUGGCAGUAGAUGGCUAAGUAUCAACAAAGCUUGCCCAAUUUGCUACUCGGAAGUGGCAAUUGAUACAUCGAAGCGGUGAAGCGAAUAACAAGCACUAUAGGGAACUGGCUUCAUACUUUUCUUCUUGGUCACAGCAUUUUCCCUUUUUUCCUUUUCGUUCACGUUCUCCUUAUAGAGCUUAUUUUUCCCGUUGCUUCUGUGUUACAUUAGAGAAAUAUAGUCUAGUGGUAAAUAAGAACAGAAAGAAACACCGCGUUUGACAGUUUCGUUAGAUGUUGGAGCUUAGUACCACAUGUUCUGUUUUGAAUAUUAGCCAUGAUCUCAGAACUUUGUCACAGAAAGGAUGUCUACUUCUACUUUCACUGUCCUACUAUUGUUGCGUGGGAGAAAUACAAAAAUACGAAGAGGAAUGAACCGUUUGUUUUUC